AUGAAGUUUUCCCGCUAUAUCUUGGCACUCUCGGCCCUUGGCUCGGCGAUUGCUGCUCCGACUUCAAAUAGCAGCACCGUGGACCGAUCAAACUUGACGAUCGCAUUAAUCCGUACGCCUCCGCCGAACUGGCCGCUGCCUCUCACGAACUACGACUACACCGACAUCACUUUCAACAUCAGCGAAUGUGUAGAUGUCGGAAUCGAGUUGAUCAAAGAGGCCAAGGCUAGCGGUUCCGAUGUCGUCGUCUUUCCAGAGCUUUGGUUCCCCGGAUUCCCCAAGGGUUCGGACAGCCACUACAACUUCACGCGCGAUUAUCUUCCGUCGUACAUUGAGAAUGCCAUCGUGAUUGGCGAUGCGCAGUGGAACCGCCUGAUUGCCGCGAUCCAGGCAGUGGGCAUCUACGCCAAUCUUAACUUUGCAGAAGUUGACGGCGACUACAUGCAUAUGUACCCCAGUAUGACGUUUAACAUGUACGUCCAGCGAGAAAAUGUUCACUUCGCGCCUUUCCCCUAUCUGGCCGGCGUCGGAGACGAGACUUCGCUUUGGUGGGAGAACGAAUGGGUCAAUACCGGCACCCUGAGCGUCUACUCUGUUCUCAGCGGUGCCUACUCCUUUGUCGCAGCUAUCGGCGCGACUUUCGUGAUAGACCCGUUCGGAUCUCGCGUUGCUCACGUCAAUGCCAACGCAAGCUUCGAGGAGUUCCCGAUGCUGUACUACAACCUCAACACUAGCGGCUUCAACAGCUCUCAGACGUAUGACAUUAAUGGGCAGGCUUCAUGGGGGACGUUGAGCCAAAUUGUGGAUAGCUUUCCGGGGUAUGUGCCAAAGGUGGAGGGGGAGUUCGUCAAACAAAAGAACGUCUCGAUUGAUUACUUGAUGACGGGGGAGCUUGUCAUCCCGUCUUAG